GGACGAUGUGGUGCCAAUCGGUGCUGCUACGUCGACAGGAGAGCCACAGAGCUGAAAACCGAUUGCUCGAGCUUCGCAGAGAGGGAUGUAGCUGGGCAGGAAGCGCACAGUACAGGACACUCACUAGACAUACUUCGUAGCUGUCAGAAUAUAGCUCAGUGUGUCAGUCAAAUCAGAAAUAUUACUUCACGUCAUGAGAGAGAUCAUAUUUGAUCAUAUAAUCACACAGCCUGGAUGUUUUGUGUAACGGACACAAGAAGACGUGCCUGUAAAAGGAAUUAUUUAUGGUUUGGGAAGGUUUUAUGGGAGUAGCUAGCUAGCAACUUUGCUGGCUCGUCGGAGGACAUUUUGCAAGGAUGCUACGGUGGAUAAGGCAACAGCUGGGCUUUGACCCUCCCCAUCAAAGUGACACCAGAACGGUUUACAUCGCAAACCGCUUUCCUCAACAUGGCCAUUAUGUCCCUCAGCGGUUUGCAGACAACAGAAUCAUAUCAUCCAAGUACACCGUUUGGAAUUUUGUUCCCAAAAACCUGUUUGAACAGUUCAGAAGAAUAGCCAAUUUUUAUUUUCUCAUCAUAUUCCUGGUUCAGCUAAUGAUAGACACCCCCACUUCCCCUGUCACCAGCGGACUUCCUCUGUUCUUUGUCAUCACAGUAACUGCCAUCAAACAGGGCUAUGAGGACUGGCUGAGGCACAAGGCGGACAACGAGGUGAACGGGGCGCCUGUGUUUGUGGUGCGCAGUGGCAGCCUCGUGCAGACCCGCUCAAAGAACAUCCGAGUGGGGGACAUAGUCCGGGUGGCCAAAGAUGAGACGUUCCCAGUGGACCUGGUCCUCUUAUCAUCAGACCGAGCUGAGGGGACAUGUCACAUCACCACCACCAGCCUGGACGGAGAGACUAAUCUAAAGACCCACUACUCUGUGCCGGAGACGUUGGUGUCUCAGUCGGUGUCCAGGCUGGAGGCCCUACAUGCUGUGCUGGAGUGUCAGCAGCCAGAUGCAGAUCUGUACAGGUUUGUCGGGCGAAUAACAGUAACACAACAGGGAGAAGAGAUUGUAAGACCCCUUGGACCAGAAAACCUACUGCUUCGGGGAGCAAGACUAAAAAAUACCAAAGAAAUUUUUGGUGUGGCAGUUUAUACUGGGAUGGAGUCCAAGAUGGCCCUGAACUACAAGUGCAAAUCCCAGAAGCGCUCUGCAGUGGAGAAGUCCAUGAACACCUUUCUGCUCAUAUACCUGGGCAUCCUGCUGUUUGAGGCGAUCCUCAGCACCAUCCUGAAGUACGCCUGGCAGGCUGAGAACAAAUGGGACGAGCCCUUCUACAACCAGAAGACGGAGCAGGAGAGGAACAGCAGCCAGAUCCUGAAGUUCAUCUCUGAUUUCCUGGCAUUUCUGGUCCUCUACAACUUCAUCAUCCCCAUCUCGCUCUACGUCACUGUGGAGAUGCAGAAGUUCUUGGGCUCGUUUUUCAUUGGCUGGGACUUGGACCUCUAUCACGAGGAGAGUGACCAGAUGGCUCAGGUCAACACAUCCGAUCUGAACGAGGAGCUGGGACAGGUAGAAUACGUAUUUACGGAUAAAACCGGCACCCUGACGGAGAACGAGAUGCUCUUCCGUGAAUGUUCAAUCAACGGUAUCAAAUAUCAGGAAAUCAAUGGAAAGCUUGUACCUGAGGGAAUGACGGAUGACUCGCCUGACCGAUCUGUGUCUCCUCUGAGUCGGGAGGAGUUGCUGUUCCUAAAGGCAGUGUCGCUGUGUCACACAGUACAGAUCAGCUACGAGCAGCCAGGCGACGGCCCGGGGGAUCCCUUCUCCCACGCUAAUGGCUUCUCCUCCCAGAUGGAGUACUAUGCCUCCUCGCCGGACGAGAAAGCACUGGUGGAAGCCACGAAAAGGAUGGGGGUAACCUUCAUUGGUAGCCACGGAGAAACUAUGGAAAUAAAAACAUUUGGAAAGCCAGAAAAGUUUAAACUACUCCAUGUACUAGAAUUUGAUGCAAACAGAAGGAGAAUGAGUGUCAUAUUACAGACACCCACAGGGGAAAAAGUACUAUUUACAAAGGGAGCGGAGUCAGCUAUUCUUCCUUUUACUACAAGUGGAGAAAUCAACAAAACAAGAGUACAUGUAGAUGAAUUUGCCUUGAAGGGCCUGCGGACGUUGGUGGUGGCCUGCAGACACUUCAGUGUGGAGGAGUAUGAGGAGGUGGACCAGCGGCUCCACAAGGCCCGCACGGCCCUGCAGCAGAGAGAGGAGAGGCUGGCCGAAGUCUUUAGCUUCAUAGAGAAGGACCUGGAGCUGCUGGGAGCCACUGGGGUGGAAGACAAGCUGCAGGAGAAGGUCCAGGAGACCAUUGAGGCGCUGCGCCUGGCUGGGAUCAAGGUGUGGGUGCUGACCGGGGACAAGCACGAGACAGCGGUCAGUGUCAGCCUCUCCUGUGGCCACUUCCACCGCACCAUGAACAUCCUGGAGCUGGUGCAGCAGAAAUCUGACAACGAGUGUGCCGAGCAGCUCCGACAACUGGCAAGGAGGAUCAAAGAGGACCAUGUGAUCCAACAUGGCCUGGUGGUGGACGGGGCCAGCCUGUCUCUGGCACUGCGGGGGCAUGAGAAGCUCUUCAUGGAGGUGUGCAAGAACUGCUCUGCCGUGCUGUGCUGCCGGAUGGCGCCCCUGCAGAAGGCCAAGGUGGUGAGAUUGCUGAAAACAUCUCCAGAGAAACCCAUCACUUUAGCUAUUGGGGAUGGAGCCAAUGAUGUCAGCAUGAUUCAAGAAGCCCAUGUUGGCAUAGGAAUUAUGGGCAAGGAGGGAAGACAAGCAGUACAAAACAGUGACUAUGCAAUAGCGAGGUUUAAAUUCCUUUCCAAAUUGCUGCUUGUCCAUGGCCACUUCUACUACAUUAGAAUAGCAACCCUUGUACAGUACUUUUUUUACAAGAAUGUGUGCUUUAUUACGCCCCAGUUUUUAUACCAGUUCUUCUGUCUGUUUUCACAACAAACUCUGUAUGACAGCGUCUACCUGACACUCUACAACAUCUGUUUCACCUCUCUGCCCAUACUGGUGUACAGCCUGUUUGAGCAACUGGUCCAUCCUCAUGUGCUGCAGAGUAAGCCAGUGCUCUACAGAGACAUCAGCAAGAACUCUCUCCUCUCCUUCAAGACCUUUUUGUACUGGACACUGCUGGGCUUCUGCCAUGCAUUUGCCUUCUUCUUUGGUUCCUACAUCCUGAUGGGGGAGGACACGUCUCUCAUGGGGAAUGGACAGAUGUUUGGAAACUGGACAUUUGGCACUUUGGUAUUCACAGUAAUGGUCAUCACUGUUACACUGAAGCUGGCCUUGGAGACCCACUUCUGGACGUGGAUGAAUCACUUUGUUACCUGGGGCUCCAUCGCUUUCUACUUCAUCUUCUCCCUUUUUUAUGGGGGAAUCAUCUGGCCUUUCCUCCAUACCCAGGACAUGUACUUUGUCUUCGUCCAGUUGCUGUCCAGCGGCUCUGCCUGGUUCGCAAUCAUCAUCAUCAUCAUCACCUGCCUUUUCCCUGACAUCAUCAAGAAGGUGUUCUACAGGCACCUCCAGCCCACCAGCACCCAGAAGUCUCAGAUGGAAGAGGAUAAGAGUUCAGUCAGCUCAGAAUAUGACUCUGCUGAAAGCUGUAGCCGAGGGGAGGACAAUUGGCAACUGCUAGCUGCUUCUCCUCCCCCCGCCCAAGGCCCAGCCCUAUGCUCCCCAUGCUUAUUGAGACCAACUACCAGGGCAUCGGCUGCGUGGACUCCAUGUGCUGCUACUCGGAGGGGGAGAAUGGGUGCACCCGGCUGGGCCGGAUGGUGGAGCAAGUAAUGGGCCGCUGCGACCCUGCCUGCGCUAACAGAUCGAGGAGCAACUCGGACCCCUUCUAUUCCAACGACCGGAGCAUCUUGACGCUCUCCCCCAUGGAGGCCACUCAUUGCUAAGGUAGCAGAGAGCAGUUGUCCCGCCAGGUGCCCCGUCCCGCCCUGCCCCAUGGCCAAACAGAGGGACUACUCACUGCACGGCCCAGGGCUGACCACCUCAGUGGACAGUCAGACUAUAUCUCAAGAGAAGAACGUUGAAAGCCAUGAGGCUCUGCACCACCACUUUCAGAGAUGCUGCAUUUGCCUCUGUUCUGUUCCUGUAAAUAAUAAAAGGGAAUCAGACCAAAGAAGGAUUUGUCAGACUUAAGUGAAAAAAAACCUUGGUCUACUACUUUGCGCCUGUAGGUUAGUGCUGCUCCUGCUUCACCACCUGACUAUCUGAAAGGUCUGCCGCCUUUCCUGAGGAAAUUAGGUGGACCUUUUUAAAGCCAUACCUUCCAUUUUUACUACCUGUUUUUCAAGGUAUGAAAAUGUGAAAGCAGUUUGGUCAGGACUCUGGUAUUUAAAAAAAUAAAUACAUUUAAAAAAUAAAAAUCCCUGAAAUGCCUUUUCUGCUCAGAUUUGUUAGCGUUGUGUUUGUUCUGAAAUGUCGACAGGAGAAUGUCCCUAUAAUAGUUUCGUAUGAGAGAUGUUGUUCCACCAAUACAGUGCCUUUUGAGAAGUAACUUGGUCCCCCAAAAAAUUGUCACCUAAUUUUAACAUUUUGUCAUAAAAAGCAUAUGUUCAACUUAUUAAAAUAAAAAACGUUUUCCCAUCAAGAGGUUAAAAUAAAGAAAUUACUAUAGUAAGUGCCGAAUAAAGUAUCGGGGGGAGGGCAAUUGAAUGCAGGCUUCACACACGCACAUACAGUUGGGCAAAAAAGUAUUUAGUCAGCCUCCAAUUGUGCAAGUUCUCCCACUUAAAAAGAUGAGGCCUGUAAUUUUCAUCAUAGGUAAACUUCAACUAUGACAGACAAAAUGACAAAAAAAAUCCAGAAAAUCACAUUGUAUGAUUUGUUUAUUAAUUUAUUUGCAAAUUAUGGUGGAAAAUAAGUAUUUGGUCAAUAACAAAAGUUUCCACCAUAAUUUGCAAAUAAAUUCAUACAGAAUAUACAUAAAAAAAAAACAACAUUUCUAGCCUCUACAGAUAACAGGGUUGAUGUGUUCUUCUCACCACAAAACACCAGAUAAUGGCCCCCCAAAAAUAAAGGAACGGUUUCACCGUAUUAAAGGGAAAAUUCACUCAAACUUUUUUAUUUGAAUGAAUCACUGAUAACGUAAAAUAAAUUAUUUUCAGAAAUGCAAAGCAACUAAAUAAGUAGGGCUUUACAAUGAUGGUAAAACUUGGGAGAAAUAUUCAGGUUAAGUGGGUUAAAAUCAUCUUAGAGGGUGCAGAGGGACAUGUCAAAAUGCUUACUUUUGGUCUUUAAGUCUUUAUUGAAUUUUCCAUGUGGUCUAUAUUAAAGGGCACUUCAUUUAAUAUUACAGGCUUUAGAAUUUAAUAUUGGUGCACAAUUUCUUAGAAUAUCAAAAGGUCACAAAAGGUACUCUUUUCGUGGAACAACCCAGAUAUGAAAUAAUAGCUGCCAAGAUGACAUAAAAUAGCUUUCAAAUCUAGUUGUUUUCAAAGCCACAUUGUUUUUGUUUGCCUUUCACUAAUCAUUGCCUAUCAUUUGAAUCAUGUUUUUAUUUAAUUUGUCUUUUCCCCCCUCUUACUAACCACUUGUUAAUGUUUGUAUUUAUUUCCAUCAUAUUACUGGUAAUAGGGCAGGCGAGAGAACCUCACGGACUGAAUGCAACUGCUUUUGCUCUCUGUAUUCUCUUUAGCUUUUGGGGCCUUUUAGCCCACAAUAAUGGAAAUGUCUGAGUCAAGAGGGUCAUUGAGCCAACCAUUUUAAACUUGCUAACAAUGACAGUGACAUUAUGCACAUCAGCAUACAUAUUUAUUCGAAUAUUGCCGAGAUACAUAAUCAUGGGAUUUUAUAUGGUUACUAUUUUUAGCCGUUACAUACCUCUCAGUAGCUUGAAAUGGGAGACACUUGUCCAAGAAGUCAGUGGAGCUUGAUAUUUAUUUGCAUGGUACCAAUAUUCGUAAUUAUAUCUGGCACUAUUAUUGAUCAUGGUCAGCAUUGGUCAUAUCUGAUGGAUUGUACUUGUUUGCUACUCAGUUUUGAUAUAAAUGCAGCAUCUUGUUCAGAUUGUCACAUUUCAAUUUCAAUCAAUUUAUGAAGGCAAUAUGGAUACAUCUCUACAAGGACACUGAUGUGAAGUCAGCUGUUUGUUUUUCUUGAUCAUGUUCAUUGAAGAAAAAAGGUAUGUUAUUGUACUCCUGUCAGUGAAAUGGUUGAUGUUUAAAGCAAAUUCUAUUUAUGGAAUAAAUGUUUUUAAAAAGCAA